AUGGCAGUGACCCCUUUUUUCUGCACUCAAGCUGCCCAGACGGAGGUUGUCGAUGAGUCUCAGGACCCACUCCUUGCUGAGCAUGGUGGACAAGGUGGCGACUCUGAUGUGCACAGUGGUGGAGGGCAGCAAUUCAAUGCAGCACCACCUCCAGCAAAUCCUAGCACUGAAAACAUAAACACAACGACUAUGCCUACUACAACCCUUUGUGGUUCUUCUAACCCUGAGUUGGCGGAUCAUGGUGCUAAUGGAGUUGCUCCUAAUGAAGAAGUUGCAUCUGGUCCUCAAGAACCCUUCCUUGGUAUGCGAUUUGACACAAUCGAAGAUGCCAGAGAGCACUACAAUGCUUACUCAAAAAGAACGGGGUUUUCUAUCAAAUCAAACACAUCACUGAGGCAACCUUUCAGUAAGGUGGUGCGGAAGCAACAAUUUGUGUGCAACAAGUAUCGGGCACCGAAAACAGAAGAGCAAAUUCAAGAGGAGAGAGUCAAAAUUGUAGAAGAGGUUAGCCCUGUCCAGCUAGAUGAUGAAGACGGGGAUGGAGAAGAAGCUGGACCGUCCAAGAAACCAAAAACUGCAGGAGUUAAGCGGCAAAGGGAAAAAAUAAAGCAAACCAAGUGUCCAACAAAAAUGUGUGUGAAGUUGAUUAACAACAAAUAUGAAGUGACAUAUUUUAUUGCAGAACACAAUCACCCCAUGCUUGUGAAACCUUCACUGACAAAGUACCUGAGAUCACACAAAGGCAUAUCUAGAGAUGAAAGGGAGUUCCUGAAAUGCCUACAUGACUGCAACUUAGAAACUGGGCGUAUGAUGACAGUGAUGUCUUCUUUUUAUGCUGAAGAAUGUUUCGUCCCCUAUGAUCCAAAAGCUAUAACAAAUCUGCGAACAAGUUUGAGGAAGGAGGAGAAGGAAUGGGACAUUGCUGAGACAGUGGCUUAUUUUGCAGAGUUGAAGGACAAGGACCCGGGUUUCUACUCUCGAAUUUCUUUUGAUGAAGAGCACAGGGUUGAAAACAUUUUCUGGGUUGACAGUGCUGCAAGGAAGGCUUACACAGAAGCAUAUCAUGAUUGUGUGUCAUUUGAUACAACUUUCUUGACUAAUCAGUUCAAUAUGCCAUUUGCUCCAUUUCCAACAAAUAUUAUAACAGACCAGGACGUGGCUAUGAGGAAUGCAAUCAGAGAAGUUUUCUUUGACACUUGUCACCGCAACUGCCGCUGGCACGUUAUGAAGAAAGCAAAUGAGAAGCUCGGGCCAUUCCUGGGUAGGCACCCUGGUUUGACUGAAGACUUCAAUGAAUGCAUCAAUGAAAGUAUGAGUGAGGAUGAAUUUGAAGCAAGAUGGGCAGAAAUGAUUGCAAAGUGGGAUUUAGCUGAGCAUGAAACAUUUUUAUGGUUGAAUAAGUAUGCAAAAUUCUGGGUUCCAUGCUACUACAGACAUCGAUUCUUCCAAUUUUUGCAAUCAACUCAGAGGAGUGAGGGAUUUAACGCUGUUCUAAAACGUUACAUCAACCCUCACAACUCAAUCAAGCAUUUUGUUAAACAAUAUGAGAAGCUACAGCAACGGAUAUUGGGUAAGGAGGGCCACAAUGAUUUCCGCACGGAUGAGCUUGAGCCAGAUCCAUGGUCGCCGUUCCCUAUUGAGAAGCAAGCCUUGGCUGUGUACACACGUCCCAUCUACCAUCGGUUCAGGAAGGAGUUCGCGCUCAUUGGCUGUUAUAAUGUCCAACCACAGGGCAAUAAUUUGUACCAGCUAGUUCCUAACAAUGAGAAGUGCUAUCCUUAUGGUGGAAGGUACUACAUGGUUAAUGCUAAUGGUGGGCAAUUCAACUGCGAGUGCUGCAAGUUUGAGCGUGACGAUCAAUACAUAUUACGAAGAUGGACUCCAGCUGCAUUGCAAACUGUGGUUCAGCCAACUGUCCCAGCACAAGAUGAUGUUAUGCCUGAAGAAUCACGGCAGAAAUUGCGGUUUGCAAACUUGUCAACUAAGUUUGUUGCUUUGGCUAAACUAGCAAGUGCAUCAGACCAGCAUGAUGCUAUUGCUCGUAGACACAUCAGAGAAAUGACAACUGAGUUUGCACAACUAAACAAGGACAUCUACUUCAGCACCUACUACGCAUCAGAGAACAUCUUCAGCGCCUACCCGAACGCGACCAGUACCUCCACCUACAACAUCAAACAGGCAGCAGGCACCUCGGUCAGCUCCAGGGCAUGUGCCAACAGCACAUACUACAUGUGA